GUUUUUGGCUGGGUCUCCUGAUGCACGUCUGGUCAACAGUUUGUGUUCAUCAUUUUGAUUGAAAGAAAUAGGAAAUCGUCGGUACGCCUAUGUUCUCGCUUUAAUUAUUGAUUAGUUAUCUUUUCAACUGAUUUAGUAACGGCACAUCAUUGGCUGUGCGUUUGAUCGGCCAAACUUGUUAGAAAAUUGAAAAUCUGACCUUUGCCAAGUUGUUUUCUUUGCUGUCCGACUACCACACUCGCGCAGAUGAUAGACGGUGAUUCGGAUCUAUCACCAUUCGAUCAACAGCAGGAGGUGGGAGGUCUCAUCAAUCAAACAAAGAGUGACUCUAAAACAGCUAGCGCUCCCUUCGCCUGGUGAGUCCACGGGUUCGUUUAAGUACAAGCAACAUCGGGAAAGUGAUUGUUAAUGGUCGAUCAGCCGGUAGAUUCGCUCGGGUAAGGUGAUCGCCGUUCAUUAAGGAGUUGCAGCCGGAGGAAAGGAUAACCUGGUCAGUUCAACCGCAGUUUCUUGAUCAGGCCCAAGUAGGAAUAUUCGAAAAUGAGGUUCUUCACCAUGUACGAUAGCUUGGCUUGUCACCUAAUCGUGUUGGUCAUGUUAUCUGUUCUCGCCGCAAUAAACGAUGGAGCUAUCAUCAAAGAAAAGGUCUUGGAAAGGUCUACUACACAGGGCAGACAGAAACGAAAUCAACAAUCGGGUGGUUUCCUGGACUUUCAUGACUUCAUUAGCAGUACUGGUGGGCAAAUCAGCGCGGAUGACGUCCACACGCCGUCACCAAUCAGCGAGGACGAUGCAGAUUGUUUCAUUGAAGUUGAGAGAAUAGAGGUCAAACCGGGUAAAUGCAAGACCAUCGGGCGAGCAGGGGUCAGGGUGUGCAGCGCAGGAGAAUACCUGUCUAUCAACGAUCCCCAAUGCGAAGGAAGACCGUGAAUAGGCGAAAGUAUCGCAGCACACUCAUGUGAGGGUGUUCAAAUCUGUCAGUGGAAGCGUGUUUUUUUUCUCUUAGAAAAUAAUAACCGCAAAGACAAUGACCUGUUGUAGUAUAGGUCUAGUUGGGUGGCGUAUUUUGGAAAUGACAUACUCUAGGACUGAUAUCCUGCUGCUGUGUGAACGUUAUCUACCUCUUUACUAGAUUAUUAAUGGACCACUUUCCUUCUGUACAAUUAACUGGCGUUUUGGCUCCUGCCAAGUUACCUUUAAGAGGCACUUAUGUCAUCCUGGUUGUCCGUGGUUGUGCUGGUUGUGACGACACCAAAAUGUGCAGUGCCAGUAUAUCAACCUGGUGUACGGUUUUACGACCAUGUUCCGCCAUAAACCAAGUUAUUCUGCAUAUUAUUGCGUCCAAGAUUGUUAUCAUUUGAGAGCUCAGAGAAUUUUGAUGCAUAAUGUCUGGGCCAUAGUGGCUUUAACUGGUUCGCCAGUUAGCCAGUAUGAAAGAGUUGACAAAAUGCAAACUGUAAUUUAUUUACACCUUAUAUACGACAAUGGCAGAAGAUUGGAUGCUGGCACAACCUGUCCAACUUUGGCUGACUGCUAAACCACCCCAACUGCCCGGCCCGACAUCUGAAUCUCUUUAAAUUUGAGCUGGUGACGUACGCGCUGUUAUCCAUGUGCCAAGGGCCGAAGACUUUAUAAAUUGCUUAUAUAAGUAUUCACUGCUAGUAGAUGUACAUGACCUUACAAAUUGAAAAUAUUACACCUACAAUAAUUCA